CCAAGCGCGGGCGCUGUGGCAACCGCGGCACGCGCGCGCUGAGGGCCGGGAGCCGCGGGCUCGUGUUCAGUGAGAAUUAAACCAGAUUAAGACAAUUCAGCAGAUGAACACACAUUAGUGCUGAUGAUGCACGAUUCCAGCCUCUUUCACAGCUUCCUGACAGUUUGCUAAAAGAGCUCCUUGGGGACACAGAGCACUCUUUAAAGUCAGUAGUUGUGUUUAUGGUACAUUAUCUGCCCAGUCACCAAGUACAGCCAUUUUGGAGUAUUUUGAGGCGUAGGGAGACUCUUUCUCAGGAAGAUCUGGGAUGGCACAACCUCGUAUCUCAGCCUACCUGCCCCCUGACACAGACCCCGCCAGGGCUGCCCUGGCCUUCGGGAGGAGGGCGCUUGCUAAGCUGAGAGAGGAGCUGCAGUCUCCCGAGCUGCCGGCACUGCAGCGGGCGCUCAUGGCUCUCUGCGAUCUGGUCCACGACCCAGAAAAAGUCUACGAGGCCAUGGCAUUGGGAUUCCUGGAUAGCCUGAAGACUUUGCUGGUGCAUCAAGACCAAACUGUCCGGCAGAAAACAACAGAAGUUCUCUCUAUAAUGGCUUCACAUAGCAUUGGCAGGGAAGGUUUAAUAAGAAGUGGAGUCAUUUCUGCCCUUGCUGGGCUCCUGGAUGAUCCAGUAGAUAUCUGUCGGAAGAACACCCAUCAGACUUUUGACAUGUUGGCAAAAUUACCUGCAGGGGCUGGUGGUGUCCUGCGGGCUGGUUUGAUUCCCCCACUGGUCCUGAAGUUGCAGACAGAGUUGGAUGAGAUCCAGGAGCUAAUCCUCGAUACUCUCUCCAACUGUCUCCGUGUGGAAGUUUCUGAAGCUCUGCAAGCUGGUGCUGUUACUGUGCUGAAGGAAAAGCUCUCACACCCCUCCCCAGCCAUCAGGAGCAAAGCAGCCUGGGUCCUCCUAGAAAUCAGUUCUCAUGCUGAGGGGAAGACCGCGGUGUGCAAGGAGGAGGUGAUUCCUGCGCUGGUGAGCCUGCUGGAGGACACACAGCCCGAAGUUCAAGCCAACUCUGCCGGAGCGCUGAUGUUUGCUCUUGUCACACCUCAGGGGAGAUCCUCAGCCAUGGGUGCUGAAGCCAUUCCACCUUUACUGCCGCUGGUUGCUGAGGAAACCAGCAAAGCGCGUUUGAAUGCGAUCAAAGCCCUCACCCUGCUGGCUGAGCUGCCGGAGGGCCGCCAGACACUGCUGGAGCACAGGGACGCGUUCCUGCGGUGCCUGGAUGAUCCCAGCGAGGCCGUGCAGAGAGCAGCCGACAUCGCCAUCACCGUGAUGGACUGGAAACCCUUCUGCAGCCGCGAUCUUUUCUAGACGUCUAUUGCCCUCUGUUGUCUGGCUGUAAAAGGUGCAUGGUUACAUGAGACCUUCAACACCAAAACUCUAUUCCUCAUUUAUUCUGGAUCAGUUCCUCCUGAAAAGUUAUGUGGCAACAGUUUCACCUCUGUAUUGCAGGUCACAAGCAGAAAAAUGGAGAAAAUGGAGAGGAAAUGUUAGGAAGUGUGGAGUUCACCACUAGGAGUUAUUGCCCAAGUUACCAAGAUUUCCCUAUGAUACAAGACACCAACCCUUUUUGUUUUCUUCAUUAUGUUCUCUCCUUUGUUUUUUUGUUGUUUUUUUUAACCUCAGCCUAUCAAACACUAAUCAAUAAUUAAUUAUAUUAGAAAGGUUCACAACCCCUCCUGCAGUCUUGUCUGCACUGAUAAAUUGAUUUAACAACAGGAAUUUAUGUGAAUUUUGCUGCAAACAUUUGUGAACGUGGGAUUAAGACCAAAGUCAGAAAGCCUUUACUGGGGUAGCCCUGGGUAAAACUGAAUUGGGGCCUCUCUGACAGGAGAGGGCUCCGGUCCCUAAUUGGAAUUGCUUGUAAUAGGGAACAAAAGCACCUCGGGGUUUGAGCUGAAGGGCAGUGGAAGUGGUGGGAAGUUUCAGUAGCAUUUUAUUCACUGGGAGUUCAAGGCUGCUCACUACAGAGAUGCUGCAAAUUUCUGUCUGCAGUUACCAGAGUGUAAUUUAAGAGGCUUCACAGGAGGCCUGGGCAAAAAAAUAGCACAAAUGAGCAGGACAGCCCUGGCCAUUCUCAGCCACCAAGGAAGAUGUGACAGAGUGGCUGGCACAACUUCACAGCAAGUCCCAUCUGUUUUCACCUGGGUUUUGUUCUCACAUGGGAGUCUUAUAUCCACAAUUGUAGCUGCAAAGAAGCUGCAUCAGGUCUGUAAAAGGGGUUAUUUGUCAGGGCUGCUUUUCCAUUCAAACCCACGGUCACACUGCAAACUGCAUUACCCUUACACCCAGUAUAAACUCUUCCUAUAGGAGUGAUUACAGUUAAAAUGGUUCUCUUCCACAACAUAACCAAAGGGUAAAUUUCCUCUCCUAUAAAGAUGUGAUUCAGAAGUAUUGAGUCAGUUGGAUUCAUUCCCUCCAGGCAGAAUCUUGGAGGAACUCUGCCUUUUAAGCACAUAAGGCACUUGUAUGUAAUACAUAUUGGUGCCAGAGUGCAUCCAACUCAAUAAGAGAAGCCAGGAAGCUUUAAUAACAUGCUAAAGGACUAGAGCAGCACAGUGAAAGCUUGGCUGCUCUUGCAGAACUGCAGGAAAAUCUGGUUACAAUCAUUUUAGCCCAGGUCCAACAUUGUCACAGCCUUCCCUCAUAAUUCAGGUAUCAUCCUUCAGUGAGUUCCCAAAAUAAUUAGCUUGUUCAGAUGCAGAAAUAAAACCAUCCACACUGAACUGCUCUGAGUAGAAGAAAUUCACUUGGACCUUGAGUACUGCAUUCCAAGUAAUUGCCUGAUCAAUGCCUUAAAGACAAUAUAAACUGUUCCCAAAAAAGCCUCUUCAUGGAUCAGUGUUCUCAUCUUACACACACAGCACAGAAAUGGAGCAAAGCCUCAGGUGAACUCUGAGAUAUGGACACUACUGGGGCCCUCCCACAUGCCAGCUUUGGUGUCAGCAGUUCUUUGGCACUGUUACACCUGACAACAUGAGACCAUCACACCCCAAACGUGUCAGGAAUUCCUUUGGGCUGUACUGACCAUGUGCUGCCUCUGCAAAUGCCAGAAUUUAAAGUCUGUGUAUGGAACAGCCACAAACCACAGUCCAUUGGAGUUUUCUAGUUACAAAACUGCUUUAUUGACAAAAAAGCUGCAGAUAUAUUAAUCCAAAGUCAUAUGCUGUGCUGAGGGCUAAUUCCCUGCUUUGGGAUGAGAGACAAGAGUCCCCAUUUCAUGAGGCUGGGAAUUAAUUAGCACUGUAGGUGUCAGCAAAACAAUUGGCUGGAUCAAAGGAACAGCUGAUGAACACUUUCCCUGCACUGACUUAGCUUUCAGUCAGGAGUACUCCAUAAUAAAGCUGCCACAGAGUUGGUCACAAAAAUCCUGAAGAUCUUUUUUAAUCACUUCAUACACACUGUAAAUACUUAAAUGAACAUCUCUGGAUCUGGCACAUCACCCCCUAAUUAAACUCACUGUUUCAAAGGAAAUGCUGUGUGUACAGCAAGUGUCUUCUUUUAGCACUGUGCCUUCCCCAGUGCUCUGUGCUCUGAUGGCUUUAGCACCAAGGCAGAUUUUUAACAUCAAUGAAAUCAAUUUGCCUUUUAGCUUGAAGCCAACAAGUAUUAAGGCCCAGAUAUAAUUAAUGUUGUCCUGAGUCAAUACUGGAAUUAAUGCAGUUACACUCUACAUGGAUUGAGUUUUCAAAUCAGUUGCCCAACAAUCCUCAGAAACACCAGAAAAGACAGCUGCAUCCAUGGAAAGAAGACUUCCCUCUGGAGUCUUGUGUCCUACCCAGGCAGAGGUCACACUGAAUUUUUUCUAAGUUUCCAGAAGGUUAAGAAUGUUAUGGCUCUUUGUUCUUGCAACUACAGACUCAUUUUCCCUGUCCUUAUACACUUUCAUAAGGCCAAGGGGUGGAAACCAUUCUGAGUUCUAAGAACAGGGUGUUCUCAUCAUCAUUAAUACUAAACAUUUUUGAGAUACUUGGAUACACUUUCAUGGGUGAUACAGACAAAUUAAGUGAACAGUGAUUACUCUUUUCCAGGAUUUUUCCUAAAAACUAUGUAGUAUUUCUUAAAUGGAAGAUUUUGUUUAGUAUGUGUUCUUUACAGAGCACUGUCAUAAUUUGCUGACAGUGCUACAAAGUGCAUUUAUUUUAUUUUAAUUUAAUUUAAUUUAAUUUAAU